UUAAUUAAUUUUAAUGGUACUGUUCGAGUAAAAAUUUGGUGGCCUCAGAAUAAGCAGCACCACAGUAGCGUGAUGUUUAUCGUCACUGGCCACAUAAAACGGAGGUCACAGCAACAACAAAGAUUUGUGACUUUCAACGUCUUGAUGACGUCAUCAUUGUCUGUCAUGAGACUCAGAUGAGUAAAGACGAAACCGAUCAUGUCCACAGAAACAGAGAAGAAGACAGAAUAUAACAGACGAGACGUCAGAUGAGAGAAAAGAACGUCUAACGUUUGCAAAUUUGUCGCGUAGCAAGUCACCUACUUUAAUUAACGUGCGUUAAGCUCCGUAAUAACGCACGCUAGCUCAAUCCUUUCCAGUUCAAGGCCUAAAUGUCGUAGCUAUCAGGUUGCAUGUCAAGCUGCAAGACAUUUCGUUUUGGUUUUGGUUGUGACUCACUGGUCAUCACAACACCAGAGGUCAUUGAUCCAUCAUAUGGUAUGUACACAUGGCCUUGCGCUCCUGUACUCGCCCAAUACGUUUGGCACAACAGAAAGUUAGUCACAGGAAAAACAGUAAUUGAGUUGGGUGCUGGCACGGCGUUGCCCGGGAUUGUGGCUGCAAAGUGUAGAGCAAGAGUCAUCCUUUCUGAUCAGGACGAUCCUCCCGAGACCCUCGGAAACUGUCAAAAAAGCUGUGAGAUGAAUGGCGUGUCAAACCAAGUGCAAGUAGUCGGAAUAACAUGGGGCAUCAUCAGUCCAUAUCUUCUUAACCUUCCCCCGGUUGAUUUCAUUCUCGCAUCUGAUUGUUUCUACGACUCUAAAGAUUUUGAAGACAUCUUUGCUACAGUCGUCUUCCUGAUGGAGAGGAAUCGUUCAACACAGUUCUGGAUGACGUACCAGGAGAGGAGUUCUAGCCGGUCCAUUGUCUAUCUGUUGGAUCGAUGGGGCAUGCAAUGCGAGCAGAUUCCGUUGACGAUAUUCGGAGCUGAGGGUGACGUGUUUGAGUCACAAAUACAGCAAACGAGUUGUGACAUCAGAAUGUUUAUUUUCCGAUUGAAAGAUUGAACAAAAUAGUAUUUAUUGGCUUAAUUAAUUAGCUUGCAUUGUGUGGCUUAUUGGACUGCUAGUUACUAGAGUAGAGUAGUUUUUUAGUGCACUGACUCUGUGUCUGUGU